UAUAAUUCAUUCAAUCACUAGUCUGCUUUAAAAUAUUAAAUAACUAGAAGUUGCCUAUAAAUUUGCGACUCUUAACUGAAGCUUUAACACUUUAACAUUGCACAAGUUCUUCAAACCAGCAAAAUGAAGGCUUUUAAUUAUUCUUGUUUAGUAGUUAUGAGCCUUUUGGUACUUGUGAGUUGUGCUCAUGCACAGUUAAAGAUGGGAUUUUACUCCAAGAGCUGUCCUAAAGCAGAGAAGAUUGUGCAAGAUUAUGUGAAUAAGCACAUUCCUAAUGCUCCUUCACUAGCUGCCACUUUGAUCAGAAUGCAUUUCCAUGACUGCUUCGUUCGGGGUUGUGAUGCAUCUAUCUUGCUGAAUUCUACUGCAACAACAUCAGGGAACCAAACGGAGAGGUUUGCUACUCCAAAUAGGACAGUUCGAGGAUUCGAUUUUAUCGACAGAAUCAAAAGCUUACUUGAAGCUGCAUGCCCCGGAGUAGUCUCCUGCGCAGAUAUUAUCACUUUGGCUGCAAGAGACUCCAUUGUUGCCACUGGAGGUCCAACCUGGAAAGUACCCACCGGCAGAAGAGACGGAUCGAUAUCAAAUGUCACAGAAGCCAACAACAACAUCCCUGGCCCUAGCUUCAAUUUCACUCGCUUGCAAACAAAUUUCGCGAAUCAGGGCCUUAAUUUAACUGAUCUUGUUCUGUUAUCCGGUGCUCACACAAUUGGAAUUGCUCACUGUAACUCCUUCUCGAGCCGCCUUUACAAUUUUACUGGAAGAGGAGACCAAGAUCCUGCAUUAGACAGUGAAUACGCUGCGACUUUGAAGGCUAACAAAUGCAGAUCAAUCAGGGACAACACUACAAAAGUUGAAAUGGAUCCCGGAAGUGCUAAAACAUUUGAUCUAAGCUACUACUCGCUACUACUCAAGCGAAGAGGCUUAUUCGUGUCGGAUUCAGCACUGACAACAAGCUCAACCACAAGAACUUUCAUUACUCAACUUGUUCAAGGAUCACAAAACAACUUCUUUUCCCAGUUUGCAGAGUCCAUGGAAAAAAUGGGUCGGAUUAAUGUUAAGACCGGGUCUUCGGGAGAGAUUAGGAAAGUAUGUGCCUUUGUGAAUAGUUAAAUUUUUGGUGUUUGAUUCGGUGCUUGAUGUGUGUAUCCUUUGUGUGAAUAAUUGAGUUGCAUAAUUGUUCAAUUUUUUUUGUUUGUAAUAGUUUAGAGUGUGGUCCUCUGUCUUCUAUGCUCAUGUUUAAAUAAAGGAAACUCCAAACUGUUGGCUGCUGUUGCAGGAAAAGAAUGAACUCGCUGGACUUUCUAUACUUAAUGAACUAAAGUUUCCGAA